UCCAGACCUUGGAUGAGUUUAAUGGCCAACUCUCUAUGCUACCUGAGGAUUGUCGGACUUUGGAGGCUAGGAAUGCCAUUUUCCAUGAGUUGAUAGGUCAUGACAAUCAUGGAUAUUGUCGCACAUACGGGAGAACUGUGCCUCGGAGAGCAGUGUAUAAAGAUGGUGCAGGGCCAUCACAGUCAGCACCCCAGCCAUCGACUAUUGUUCAGAUCACCCAGCAGGUUCGUGCGGAGCUAAGGGAUGAGUUGAGGGAGGAGCUGAGGGAGGAGAUGAGAGCAGAGUUCUCUACACAUUUACAGCAGCUGAGAGCUGAGAUGAUGGCCUUUGUGUCACAGGGGGCAAGUGUGGAUCCUAACAGACAGGUUUUGCUAUUUUUAUUUAAUACAGGUUUUUACGACGAUAGCGUAGCCGUCGCCAAUGAUAUUGGCAAUAUGAACAAAAAGCUUUUAGCGACGGUUUUGCUAUUUUUAUUUAAUACAGGUUUUUGCGACGAUAGCGUAGCCGUCGCCAAUGAUAUUGGCAAUAUGAACAAAAAGCUUUUAGCGACGGUACUUUCACCGUCGCAAAUAAUAUUUUUAGAGACGGCACAAUUUUCUGUCGCAAAUAACAGUAUUAACGACAGUAUUAAACCCGUCGCAAAUAACCUUUUUUAG